AUGUCAUAUCUUGCUUCCACCUAUCGCGCCUGGCUGGAUUGUAUCAGCCAACGAGAAUGGAACAAGCUUACCUCAUACAUGCACUCAAGUUACGAUUAUAACGGGAAGCAAUUCACACCCACCGAGUUUGCGGGGUGGGUGGAAAAAGAGGGUUGUCGCUUCUCGGACUAUCGCAUCACCGUGGAUACCAUUCUCGUGGAUGAUGUUGCGCAAUGCAUCGGAUGCCGUAUUUUUGGCAAAGGACGACCUGCGGACAGCAUGUUUGGCUGUAGUCCAACAGAGAAAGAUAUCUAUUUCGUCGAACAUCAUCUUGUCUGGUUCACACAAAGCAAGAUAGCGAAAACUCUGUACAUCCUCGACAUUGGCAGCAUUCACCAACAGUUUCAGUCCACCGAACGAUAUAUGCCUGACCUCAUAAGCGAAUUUCUGGCACCAUCUGCGAAAGUUCUAUCCACCUGCGAGCUUGAGAAGGCAAUCAGAAGGUUCUUCAGUUCCAUAAGCACUCGAACCAUGGCGUCGGAAUUGCCAGAGAUAGUCCAGUCGGAAUUGUGGCGGGACGGCGUCAAGAUGCCACUAGAUGUCUAUCUAGGAUUAAUCGAGAAGAGUAUCGCGGUCAUGCCGGACGUCUAA